AUGGCACCAGAAAUAACUAGCUGGAAUGAUCUUACUAAAGUAUGGGAGCAAUGCAAUGAUGAAACAGGGGAAAUACGCCAAACAUCCUUCGCGUUGUUCGACAGCAACCAAAGCUUCUAUUACGGCAUGCUCGAAAGUCCCAAAGCCGAGAUUACCUUCGUCCAGGUCACAAACACCCUCAAGAGUGUUCCCGAUGAAGAGAUAUUCACACGGUGGCCGACUCCCGGGAUUGAGUUGAUGCAAGCCCCAGCAGCACUUAGCGAGAAUCUUUACAUCAAGCGACCAAAUCCAGAAAUGUACAAAGUCAUGAAAGAACACAAUGCAUUGUCCCAACUGUCGGAUUCCUUGCUAGCAGAGGCUAAAGUAUUAGAGUCGCUUUCCCAGCACCCGCACCCGAACAUAAUCCGCUAUUAUGGUUGUCAGGUUCUCCGUGGGUACUUUAUUGGACUUGUCAUCGACAGAUAUCCACACGAUCUAUAUACCUAUGUCAAGAAUCAAAUCGGGUCAAUUGAGAAACGACCUUUCCUUGCUGCCCUCGAUUCCUCUCUCCGCCAUCUUCAUACACAUGGAUUAGCCCAUAACGACCUCACUCCCCACAACAUUCUGGUGAGCAGAGAGGGCAUGCCUGUUUUGAUUGACUUUGGCGGAUGUCAGCCUAUUGGAACAUAUUUGAAGUAUGUUCGAGGGACUCGAGGGUGGAUAGACGGAGAAAUCAAGGACCACAAUACAUCGAAAAAGGAGCAUGAUGUUUCUGCUUUAGCCAAGAUCAGUGCGUGGUUGGACAAGCCAGUGUUUAAUCAUUGA